UGAUGGACAAUCAAUCAACCGCUUGACUUUUUUGCUUGGAAUAUAUUUUUGGUUAGUUCAAAGAAAGUAACAAAAUAAACUUAAAAUUAAAUGAGCUUUGUGUUUGGAUCGAAUUGAAUUUGAACGUUCGUUAUGCAUCCGGAUUUAUCGCCGCAUUUGCACACUGACGAAUGUAAUAAAAUAGUUCAGGAAUUAUUUGCCUGUCGCAAAGAACAUUCAUUUUUGAAAUUUUUCGGCAAAUGCAAUGGACCAUAUGAUCGAAUGUUAGCCUGCAUGAAAAAAGAACGAGUGGCAAAACGUGACAGUAAUGCACAGAACGCCAAAGAGCAACAAGCAUUGAGAAGAGAACGUAUGAAAAACGAUAAGACCGACUACGAUUCAUUGUUGAAACAAUAUCGAGAAGAAAACAAAAAAUAUACAUCAAAUUAAAAACAUACGAUAGAAACAACGAACAUAAAA